AUGCAGAAGAAACGAAUGAGAAGCAGUUCUAACGAGUUUGAAACAUGCGAACCUUACAAAGGCUUCGAAAAUCAACUGCUGCCCUCCAGCCAUCUACACAUCCCUUCCAUUCAACUGGAGCACCAGGGUGUUUACGAGUGUGUGGCUGUCAACCAACACCCAGCGUCAUCAUCUUCAUCGUUGUCGUCAUCAUCUUCAUCACUGUUAUCAUUGCCAUCAUCAUCGACAUUGUCUCCCAAAAACGCGACGCAAAACAAUCCAGCCUCAGUUAAUUGGCUGAUAACAUCGACCAAUCUGCCUGCCACAAAUACAUCAACAUCAACUGACAACAAUGAGAACGCGCUCUUCAUAUCAGCUUCAACAUUGUUAACAACGUCACCACAACCGUCAUUGUCAUCAUCUUUCUCAUUAUCAUUGUCUACAAUAAUGUCCUCUUUAUCAUCGAAAUCUUCAUCAUCAACAUCAUCAACAACGUCAACAACAUCUCCAGUGUCAGCAAAACAGAGGGUCGUCGUGACAGUUGAAAAACUUUCUGGUAACUUAUUAAUUCUGCGCAUAUCAGACACCUCGGUGACAGUCACUUGGACUCAUCUGGACGCUAGCAAACGCUAUCAGAUUUUUUACUCACAUAUCAAUGGUGAUGCUUCGAGACACGUUCGCCAUCCACCGUCUGAUCGCCAACACGCAUCUGCAAGUGUAACCACAACUGCUGCUAACAUUACACUUACAGAUGACAGAAAAAAUGGCCCGAAAAAAAUGAAGCACAGUCUCAACCAGUCUGGAAACACCAACAGGACUGACGUUAAUGACGUUGAAGAUGUAAGAGAUGUAGAUUGGCUAGGUAAUGAGCCAAUCAAAACGUCGAUGAGUGAACACAAUGCAUCUAAUUUGGUGGAAAUAUUAGAUGCAAGCAAGAAAGCUGAAAACAAUUCUGCUAAUGACUUGACACCAGGUUCAACAUACGAGUUCUGCCUAAUGGCGCAAACAGAUAACAACAAUUAUCACAGCAGUUAUCUCAAUAAUGACGAAAGAGACAACAAACGUUUGAACAACCUGAAAAUUAAUUGCACAGUUGUAGUUACGAAACUCACCCAAGAUGUCUACACCGCGGGAUUCAGAAAUGUGGGUCCAACAAUAGCGGUUUCAAUAGGCUUGGCAGUCUGUCUGCUCAUCUUCCUCGUCUCAUGCAUCACGAACUUUACAAAACGCUACAACAAACAGGUGGCGGAGCGUCGCACGUGUGGCGAGGACGACGAAUAUUACGACACGAACACGUCGGAACUCUACCUCGCUACAGCCAACGUUAAAGAAAAUGUUUUGGCAGCUGAAGAGUAUUAUGAAAACGAAGCAACUCUUUUCUCGUCAUCAUCCUCCAUCAAACCUGAACGCGAUUCUCCACUUUUUAACAAGGAGGACCUGCAAGAAAUUUAUGAUUCUGUCUACGGCGACUCACGUGACACUCAUUCAGAACCGUUACCAACAUACCAGGAGGACUGUUUCGAGCAGGACGAUUGCUUCAACGUGGAUUGCGCCGAGUUGGCCUACUACAACGCCGCUGACCUGCAAAACGUAUGCAGCGAAAAUAAUUGUAAGUUCAACAGUGGGAGAUGCUGUGCGAGAAGAGAAGUUAGUUGUUGCCGUCAGUGUUUGCAAGAAAACGUCGGAACAAAUUGUGAUGCGAAAGAAGAGUGCGCCAUAUUCUUCGUUCAACCCUGCAGCGAACACGUGGAAAGGUGUUUUGCCGUGAAUAAUGAAUGCAGUUGCGUCCACUGUGCCAAAUUGUGUUCAACGUGCAACAGCAGCAACGACAAAAUCGACAAAGCGAUUGAUAUUGGUAACAAGGAUUGCAUUAACUUUCAAUCGAAUAUCAAAAUUGAUAGCCAAUUCAACGAUUUUCACAACAACAUUGACAACAAUAUUAAUGUCAUAAAAAUAGACAGCAUUCCUGACAAUCCGGUAAACCCCACCCACACUGUGGAUCAGCUAUUAGCGAAUGAUUGUAAAAACUCACACGUUCGUUUGAACAAAAACAAAGACCAUUCAACAAACAUUCAUUCGGAUUUGAUCUUCAAUACUGACAACAACCUUAGUUCCGACCAGAGAAGUUCCGGAGACCAGCACAAAACUAUGACGUAUCAUAGCGAGAAUGAUGAAAAAGUUGACCGGGAAUUCAACAACUCCACUUUCAUCAAAAUCAACAAAAGAAAUAACGAUAGCAAUAAUAGCAUCAUUAACUGCAGCAUUAAUGAUAAUUUAGAAAAUAUAAACAACAUAAUCAGCACUAACAAUAAUAAUAAUAUUGACAAAAAACUUGCCACAGUUACAAGUAACGAGAAUUUAAAAAGCAGUUCGUCUAACAUGAUGAUGCCAGUAAAUCCAAUGUGCAUAAAUAACAUCCAUCCCAACAUCCAUCCCAACAUCAAUCCAAACAUCCAUCCAAACAAUAAUCUCAACAUCCAUCCAAACAACAAUCUCAACAUCAAUCUCAACAUCAAUCCUAACAUCAAUCCCAACAUCCAUCCCAACAUCAAUCCCAUCAUCAAUCCAAACAUCCAUCCAAACAACAAUCUCAACAUCCAUUCAAACAACAAUCUCAGCAUCAAUCCUAACAUCAAUCCCAACAUCAAUCCCAACAUCUAUCCCAACAUCAAUCCCAUCAUCAAUCCCAACACCAAUCCCAACACUUAUCUCAACACUAAUCCCAACAUCAAUCCCGACACCAAUCCCAACAUGAAUUCAAAAAGUUUCAACAACAAAUUCGCAACUGUUUAUAAUAAUAAUGCAGCUACCAACAACGAUAACAAAACUCCGUCUAGCGAAAUUAUUGAUAACUUCGAAUUGAAAUGUUUCUCCUCGUCCACUUACGACGUGGAAGGCUGCUCGUUCAGAUCUUAA